GAAUGGUUUGUUGAAAAGCUUGCCAAAAUGUAUUCGAUGCCAGUCGGACAGCAACGAAUACAGUGGACUUUUCAGUCGCAACGUGCCGGCUAUUGGAAACAGUUCAAAACACCUACAGGAUCACUCCAUUUUGUCACAGUUAAGCUACCACAUGCGUCGACAUUACGUGCGCAGACACGAAAAUUUGGACCGAAACACUGUCCAUACAAUGCCGAUUCGGGAACCAAAUUGAGCAGUAUAGCACAGCUUUGA